UUCCCUCCAAAAGACUAAAACAUUCCCUCCACAACAAAAUCACUAACACUUUUCUGGUUCUGUACAAAUUUCAUUUUUCUAACUCCAUGCAACACAACAAAUCUACAAUGUCAAGCCAUCAAGAGGAUCUCGACCUCCUCCUCUCUCUCCAAGAUCGAGUGUUAGAAACCCCUCCUGGCUCUCCAUCAAAUCACCAUUCCCAUUCGGGGUAUUUAUCAGAUGAAUCGCCUAGACGACAUGGGCAGGUAGAUUUAUCUGUCUUUAGAGAUGCUGUUCAAGAUUGCCUUGAUCAUGACGCAAAACCAGUUCAUAAAUCUGAAAAACUGAAGCAAGCAAGGAACUCAAAUGAUGUUCAAGUGGAAAAGUAUUCGGGUUUAAGGAUAAGGAAUCAAUUGGUCACUCCUGCAGAGCUCAGUGAGCGUUUGUCAGAUAUCCGUUUUGUCCGGUUACCAGCUAUUAAAAAUUUAUUGGUAGGAGACACUCUUUCUGGAUGCUGGGCAACUAUUGGAGUGUUAACUGAGAAAGGAAAUCCGAGGACUAGCUCUGUUGGAAAGAGCUAUUGCAUAUGGAAAAUUGGGUGUUUAGAUGAAAACACAAUCUCUCUGUUCUUGUUUGGUGAUGCUUAUCAGCAGAACUGCAAGGAGCAGGCUGGAACAGUUUUUGCACUAUUCAAUUGUACUGUGCGCAGGGACAAUGCGGGAGGUUUUUCAUUGAGUGUCUAUUCUCCAAACCAAAUAAUAAAGAUGGGUACUUCAAUUGAUUAUGGAGUUUGCAAAGGGAAAAGGAAAGAUGGGAUGUCCUGUACAGUAAUCAUAAAUAAACGUCAAGGUAUAUAUUGCAGAUAUCACAAAUCUAAAGCAUCAGAAGUAUAUUCAACCACACGAACUGAGCUCAGAGGAGGGAACUUGAAGACUGCAUUUAGAGAUACUCUUAAGUCACAAGGCAUUUAUUUGGUUGACCCUUUAUCUGACAAAACAAACAUAAAUAAACCUGUGCAGCCAUUGAAAUUACUAUCUGUAGAAGGACUUAAGAAGGCAUUGAGCAAUGCAGAUAAAGUGACUACAAACACAUUUUCACAGGGCAUAAGAUUUCUCAAUGAAAUAACAGGAAAAAUGAGAUCAAAGAAUACAAAUAAAGCAUCUGCAACAGCAAAGCAGCCAAUUACUAGCUUAGACAAAAGGAAAUUGUCUACAAUGAAAGUGGAUCCGUCUAUAUUAAAAAAAAAGAAAAUGAAUGCAAAAAAAAUGAAAACUGACCAGGGGCAAGUUUCAGCAGAGAAAGCAAAACAUGGAAAAGGAAAGAUGAUUGAAUUAGAUAUCUAUGGCUCAGAUGAAGAAAUAUGAGUCAUUUUCUAUUGCUUCCCACCUCCAUAUACUAUUUUCAAGCUUACAUCGUGUAGAUGUUACAUGAGAGAGCAAAAGCCUUUCAAAUGGUGGAUGCAUAUGGCUGAUUUUUCUCCUGGAAGCUUAAUCAAUCCAAAUAUGCUAUCUGAUUUCUUAAUGGAGGAAAAGACGAAUUUAGCAAAUUGAGAUUGAGUCUGCAGUCAUCAUUCCAUUUUAAUAAACUCUUGCUAAUAUCAUUGCAUACCUUGUUUGUAGGAUUAUAAAGUCUUAAUCUAUUUAUAUUUCAUUUGAGUUAAUUGGUUAUCCUAACAAAGAAAUUUGUCCAAUUGAAAAAUGUCAGAACACUUGUAAAGCAUUAAGGAAGUCACAUGAGAUGAUUCUUUUUAUCUUCCAAUUCAAUUUGUAUCUUCUCUUUCA